ACAUAUAUAUUACGUACCAUACUCUCAGUGUAUGACAUCUAGCUACCUAGUUUAACGCAGUUAAUCCAGACAGGGCAACAUGAGAACAACUGCAUAUGUAUCAUCUGAUCAUGAAUCACAUGAUCACCAGACAUCUGCGAGGAAGAAAGGAGGCUUGAUCACGCUGCCGUUUCUUGCAGGUCGAUCUAUCGCUUGCUAUUUUUUAAAAUUUCCAUUCCAAUACCGCAUGCACACAUACGUAGUGUACAUUAUAUUGUUUGACACAUUUCGUACGAGGUACGUACGUAUGUAUAUAUGUACAGGGAGCGUGAUGGGUCUGGGGAUGGCCAUGAGCGCCACAAGCAGCAACCUCAUCGUCUACCUCAUCAAGAAGUACAAUGUCAAGAGCAUCGACGCCGCGCAGAUCUCCAACAUCGUCCGCGGCUGCAUGCAGCUGGCGCCCGUCGUCGGCGCAGUCGUCUCCGACGCCUUCUUCGGCUGCUACCCUGUCGCCGCCGCCGGCGUCGCCGUCUCGCUCCUUUCAUUUGUGCUGUUCACGCUGACGGCCACGUUCCCGUCGCUGCGUCCGCAAUCGUGCCCGACACCGGGCGCCGAGUCGACGACGUGCCAGCCGCCGAGCGCCACCCAAGCCGCGGUCCUCUACGCGGCGGUGUGCCUCCUGGCCGUCGGCAACGGCGGGACGCGGUACAACAUGGCGACGAUGGGCGCGGACCAGUUCGACGGCGGCGACCGGCGGCACCACCACCGCCGGGACGCCUUCUUCAGCUGGUACUUCGCGUUCCUCUACGCCUCCUACAUGGUGGGCGACACGGUGGUGGUGUACGUGCAGGACAGCGUCAGCUGGGCCAUGGGCUUCGGCGUCUGCGCCGCGACGGCUGGGCUGGGUCUCGUCGCGUUGGUUGCUGGGUCGAGGUAUUACCAGCGGCCCGUACCGAAUGGGAGUCCGUUCACAGCCCUGGCAAGGGUGGCUGUGGCCGCUGCGAGGAAGGCGACGCUGGAUUCGAGGUCCCUUGGUAGAGGGCAAUAUUACCAUGGAUCAGGUCGUGACACUGACACACCUACUCAAACACAAGAUCAUGCCCCAAGCGAAACAUUCAGGUUCUUGAACCGAGCUGCGAUGGUCACACCAGAUGAGAGUGAGACGAACGCGCAGGACAGGCCUAUUGCGAGGCCGUGGCGCCUGUGCACGGUGCAAGAGGUGGAGAACUUGAAAUCGCUCCUCCGCGUGCUGCCGCUCUGGGCGUCGGGGAUCCUCGUGAGCAUGACCGUGAACGCGCAGGUCAGCCUCACCGUCCUCCAGGCCCUCACCAUGGAUCGCACCCUUGGGCCCCACUUCGCCGUCCCUGCCGCCUCCAUGACGGUUACCGUGCUUGCCGCAUUUGUCCUCUUCGCCGCGCUCUUCGAUCGCCUCGCCAUCCCGCACUGGGAGAGGCUCACCGACGGCAAGCUCACCCCGCUACGACGCGUCGGGCUUGGCCACGCCGUGAACAUCGCCAGCAUGGCGGUCGCCGCGCUCGUGGAGCGGAGACGGAUCGGCGUGGCCCAUGUCGGCAGUGGCGACUCAGCCAGGAUGUCGGCACUGUGGCUGGUGGCUCAGCUGGCGCUCACCGGCGCGGAGGAGGCGCUGCACCUGCCGGGGAACACGGCGCUGUUCUACCAGGAGUUCCCCGCGACGCUGCGGAGCACGGCCACGGCGAUGCCGCCGCUGUUCAUCGCCGUGGGAUCGUACAUGAGCACGGCGUUCGUGGACGUCGUGCGGCGGGCGACGGGGUGGCUGCCCGACGACCUGAACCGGUCACGGCUGGACAGCGUGUACUGGACGCUGGCCUUGGUCGCAGCCGUGAACUUCGGCUACUUCCUGGUGUGCGCGAGCAUGUACGAGUACAAGAAUGCCGACGGCGGCGGAAAACCUCAGAUAUUGGAGGAAAACUAGCACUAAUCUAUAUACUAGUAAAUAGCGUCCAUUCUCUCAGAACGUCGCUCU